CCCAGGCUCAGUAAUGUGGAAAACACUGUGAGAGUGAGCUGUACUUUCUCUCACACACUCUGUACAAUCACCUGCUUGAAGACACACAGCACACAGUCGGCAAACAUGGAGGAGGCUGACCUGCUGAAGGAAAGGCUCCAGGCGAUCACGGACAAAAGAAGAAUCCAAGAGGACAUCGCCAAGACAAGGAGACAGAUUGAAGAGGAGAAAUUAAAACUGCAGUACAUAAAGAAGAAAGCAUUGAGGGAGCAAUGGCUGAUGGACGGCCUGAGUCAGCAGACGGAGCAGGAGCAGGAGGCGAUGAGGCUCCAGGCUCAGGAUGAACAGCUGCAGAGUGACCAGCUACAGAGCAACAUCAUCAGAAUAGAGGAGAAGAUUCAGGCCCUGGAAGCACAAGAGCUCAGCAUUUCUGCCAAUGAAGAAGUGAUUCUGAAGAGGUUAAAAGAGGUGGAGAGAACCACUGAAGACAUCAUCAAGAAAGCUACCUUGAUGGACAGAGAAGCAGAUGGAAAAAAACUGAGCGAAGGCUGCAGCACAACUAAGAAUCAAAACUCCUUCACUGUCACCAUGGAAACCGCUGAACAAUCGGUGCUGCCAAUGGACUGUGAAGAGGAGGUUGCUGUGGCUAAUUCACCUGAGCUGGGGAAGGAUUUCAGUGCAGAUGAAGAGCAAGUUUGUGAGGCGCGCUCAGCAGAUUCCUCUGAGGAGAAAGUGAUGCUCGGUACAACAUUAACUGACCAACUCGCCCUGAACUGCACUGACACGCCCGCUCAGGAUCAAAGGGAAGUUUUAAUAGAGCUCAACAGAAAUGAGUCAAUCACUUCAUCGGUCUCUGACACACUCUCCAGUGCUGACAGUGUUUAUGAGAACGAGGCCCAUCGGAAGACACAGGAAACACCAGAACAAGACCCUGAGCAAGAUCAAGUCCCUGAGACCCAACACAGUCUUAAGCCAGAGCCAGAACCUGAGCAAUAUACAGAGGCAGAACAAAACCCUGAACCAGAACAAAACCCUGAACCAGAGCAAUACCCUGAGCCUAAGGAUUUCCUUGAAAUGGAGGAAUACCCAGAACCAGAGUUAUACCCUGAACCAGAUCAAGAUCCUGAGCUUGAGUUAUACCCUGAGCCAGAUCAAGAUCCUGAGCUUGAGUUAUACCCUGAGCCAGAUCAAGAUCCUGAGCUUGAGUUAUACCCUGAGCCACAUCAAGAUCCUGAGCUUGAGUUAUACCCUGAGCCAGAUCAAGAUCCUGAGCUUCAGUUAUACCCUGAGCCAGAACAAGAUCCUGACCUUGAGUUAUACCCUGAACCAGAACAAGAUCCUGAGCUGGAGUUAUUCCCUGAGCCAGAUCAAGAUCCUGAGCUUGAGUUAUUCCCAGAGUCAGAACAAGAUCCUGAUCUUGAGUUAUACCCUGAGCCAGUACAAGACCCUGACCUAGAUUUAUACCCUGAACCAGACCCUGAGGUUGAGGAUGAUUUUAAUGAUGGAUAUACAAAUCCAAAUCCAAAAAUUCCAUUUGAGACACCCAUGACAGAAGAAUCAAUACUGGAACACUGCAUUAGAGAAGAGGCCAUGUCAGAUGUAUCCAAUGAAUCCUGCCAUGACCUUGAUCCUGAUGAAAUAGAUGAAUGUCUGAGAGUUGAAAUUGCGGCCGCUUCCUCAGACAGUGACACAGAUGAGAAAUGGCGAACCAUAUUCUCCUCUUCUAUAAAUAAGGAAGACGAUGAUUCAUAUUUGGACAGUCUUCAGCUGAGUGCCCAGGAGCUCUUCGUGCAGAAAGUUGAUUCGACAGACUUUGAAGAACCAGACGCUAAUGCAGAAGAGGUUUUGUUAGAUGUUCCACAAACAGAGGAAGUACUGGAACAACCUGACGAUACUAUUUACUCCCCUGCCCCGACACAAGAGGUCAAAUAUAACCUUUUAGGCCUCCAAGGUUUGUCCAAGAUCUCUGAAGAUGAGAGUGAAAAUAGUAGAGACGCCAAUCAUAACCACACCGCCCACGGAGAGCAAAUCAAUGCAGACCAAAGCAAGAAGCUACCAAAAGACUUCUGUGUCAUACAGGAGACGAAGAGCGAGAACGUCAGCACGGAGCAUGUAGACUUCCAGCUAGCUCGUAAACAGUGGCGGGAAAUGGAGGAGCAAACCCGGAACAGGGUUGUGUUACCGACAACCAAGCAGCCCGUCCUCCACAGCAGCCACAGCUUCAUGUACACACCCGUCCGUAACAUUGAAAGAAUCCACAAGAAAUCACAUGAACUGGAAAACCUGAAUCUGGUUGGGGAUUAUCCUCACACCCAAUUCAGCCCUUGCUCAGAGGAUUCUGGUCUGGAUGAUUCCAGCUACAGGUCUCCUUAUGAUGACCCAGAAACCCCAAUUGAAAGAGAGAUUCGCUUAUCGAUGGAGAGAGAGGAAAACUUCCGGAGAGAGCGGGGUUUCUCCAGGAUGGGCAAGUCAACCGAUUGUGCUCCAUCAAGAGGUAUCCCCAGAUCCAUCAGCACUCCACUUACGCCCUCAUUCAUCAUCUCCUCCUCACCCACUAAGGAACCACUGAAACAUGAAGUGUCAGCAAACAAUGUCAUUAUCCUUGAACCCAACAACGAUUUCACCUCCAGCCCCAGACAUGGAAAAGACAACAUGACGGCCCGCUCCGGUGAGUGGCGUUCCGAGGACCACAGUUCCAAUCUCAUCAUCCUGGAGACGUCUAAUCUGAUUAUCCGCAGUGCCUCAGAUUUCUCCAUCAACAAAACAUACGAACAGCCCCAGGAGAAAAUGUUCCUGAACAACCCCUUUUUCAAGCUGCGCUCAAGAAGCACCAUGUCACUGGUGGAUGAAGAGAUUAAGAUGGUGAAGCAGAGGGAGGAAGAGCUGAAGAAAGAGAGAGCCACCCUGUACGGUGAAGACAGGUUCGACACAGACAGACUGUUGUCAGGUCACAUGGACAGUUUGGCUUUUGACACUUCAGAUAAGUGCAAGUCCUCGCCAUCGUCGCCAAUGAAAACAAGCCACAGGAUGGAUCGCUCUGCUUUGUCCUGUGAUCACAGAUUUCCAGAGGUCUACACAGCAGGAAGACGUAAGAGUGCCAUGGCUCUGCGCUGGGAGGCCGGCGAGUUUACAAAGAACGACUGAAGAGGAACGAGUCAACAGUUUGCCAUAUUAGGGCGUUUAAUGUCAGUGUUGUUCUCAUUCAAUUUAAAUUAAGUAUUGCAAUUGUUUGUUUCAUGUUGUGACAUAACAAACUGCUUCUGUGAUGCUUUCGGCAAGAAAAAUAAUGUCUGU